GCAUAGUGGCGACACGCGUCUUAAUAUGGAUGUACGAAGAUCGUUACACGCACGGUUACACGUUUCCUCAUAACAAUUUUUCUAUUUCUUUCUUCUUUCUUUGAUGGUUAGUAUUUUCAUGUUACGGUCAAAAAUUAUCGAAACGUGGUAGGUUAGCGUAUUAUGAACCGUCUGGAUGAUCCUCCAGGUCUCAUGAAAGGCAGAAAACCAUCUUUUAUCGGAAUGAAUGGAGGUACGGAAACAGACGAUCAACAGCGUCUAAGGUUCCAAGUUGAACUGGAAUUUGUUCAAUGUCUUGCAAAUCCAAAUUACCUUAAUUUUUUAGCACAACGAGGUUAUUUUAAGGACGCCACAUUUAUAAACUACCUUAAAUAUCUUCUCUAUUGGAAAGAGCCAGAAUAUGUUAAAUAUUUGAGAUAUCCCAUGUGUUUGUACUUCUUAGACUUAUUGCAAUACGAACACUUCAGAAGAGAAGCCGUCAGCUCGCAAUGCACCAAAUUUAUAGACGAUCAGCAGAUUUUGCUUUGGCAACAUUAUACUAGACGUAGGAUAAGACUUUUACAGACAGCAGCGGAGCAGACUCCACAUGUAAAUCCGCAAAAUAAUGGUAUUGUACAAUCUAAAGUUCCUUGAAAGAGAGAGAUACGUCUGGUAUAUUAGGAAAUUUUAACGAUAUAUAAACCAUAGGAGAUAUUACUUAGAAAUAUAUCUUUAUAUUGUGAUUUCUUUGAUAUGGAUGGGCUUAUUAAUCAUGUUGCUAAACUGUGAUAUAUUUUCAAUAAAAUAUUUAUCUGCAUUUAAUACAUCAUCAAUUAUAUUUUUGGACACACAAUGUGUUUUAUAUGCUACAUACAAAUAUCAUAUUUUACAUAGCGAAUCAGUUUUUUUUCCUCAGUCUCGUUAAAAGAUUUUCAUUGUCAAACGGUUUUAAUUCCAAAAAUGAAUUUAUAUGAAUGAAAGUAAAAGUAUAUACAA